GUUUGAGAUCUCUUUAAGCGCCGUGGCUCAAUGCUAUGGAGUCAUGGGAGUCGUACUUUGCAGGAAGAGCUUCACGGCCUAGCCAUUCCUUCUCUGCAUUGACUCUGAGCGCUGGGCAGCCGAAGAAAGGCCAGCUGAUUGGGAAGGAUCCUUCGGAGGUGAAUUACUAGAAAAAAGACUAUGGAGUCUGGGAGCAUGGAAACAAUAGCUACUAACCCUCCUGGUGGAGGUUCAAAUGGCUUAGAAGAGCCUAAGAAAAUGACAAGGGAAGAUUGGAGAAAGAAGAAAGAGUUGGAAGAACAGCGAAAACUGGGCAAUGCUCCUGCUGAAGUGGAUGAAGAGGGAAAGGACAUCAACCCGCAUAUUCCUCAGUACAUUUCUUCAGUACCCUGGUAUAUUGAUCCUUCCAAAAGGCCCACACUGAAGCAUCAGCGACCUCAGCCAGAGAAGCAGCAGGAAUUUACAUUUUUGGGGGAAUGGUACAAGCGAGGAGUCAAAGAGAAUUCUGUGGCAACUAAAUAUCGCAAAGGAGCCUGUGAGAACUGUGGUGCAUUAACACAUAAGAAAAAAGAUUGUCUGGAGAGACCUAGAAGGGUUGGAGCAAAAUACACAGGAACUAACAUUGCCCCAGAUGAACAUGAACAGCCUCAGCUGAUGUUUGAUUAUGAUGGGAAACGGGACCGGUGGAAUGGCUACAAUCCAGAGGAACACAUGAAAAUUGUGGAGGAAUAUGCCAAAGUUGACCUAGCUAAACGGACUUUGAAAGCACAGAAACUGCAGGAAGAGCUUGCUUCAGGGAAACUGACAGAACAAGUGAGCUCCCCACGACAUCGAUGGGAUGAAGAAGAACCAAAUUCACAGACGGAAAGAGAUCAUAACAGUGAAGGAGAAGAUGAGGACAAAUAUGCAGAUGAUAUUGAUAUGCCUGGACAAAAUUUUGACUCCAAAAGACGCAUUACAGUCCGAAACCUUCGUAUUCGAGAAGAUACUGCUAAAUACUUGCGGAAUCUAGAUCCCAACUCUGCCUACUAUGACCCCAAAACCAGAGCAAUGAGAGAGAAUCCAUACGCCAAUGCAGGAAAGAAUCCAGAUGAAGUUAGUUACGCAGGGGAUAACUUUGUUCGUUACAGUGGAGCUACCAUUUCUAUGGCACAAACUCAGUUAUUUGCCUGGGAGGCCUACGAAAAAGGCUCUGAAGUUCAUCUUCAGGCAGACCCUACAAAGCUAGAACUCUUGUACAAAUCCUUCAAAGUGAAGAAAGAAGACUUUAAGGAGCAGCAGAAAGAAAGUAUCCUAGAGAAGUAUGGUGGAGAAGAACAUCUGGAUGCCCCACCACCUGAAUUACUUCUUGCUCAGACAGAAGAUUAUGUGGAAUAUUCUAGACAUGGAACAGUCAUUAAAGGGCAAGACAAGGCUGUUGCUCGUUCUAAAUAUGAAGAAGAUGUUCUGAUCAACAAUCACACGUGUAUCUGGGGUUCCUAUUGGAAGGAAGGCAAAUGGGGGUAUAAAUGCUGCUACUCAUUUGUCAAGUAUUCAUACUGCACAGGAGAAGCUGGAAAAGAACUUGCUAAUGCUGAUGAGGAAUUGCCACAUGACCUGCCUGAGGAUGGGUAUAUGGCCAUACCCAAAACUCUUGUAGAGAUCCACCAGGAGAAACAAAAAGAAGAGAAGAAGAAGAAAAAGAAGAAGAAGCAUAAGCAUAAGAAGAGUACAAGUUCUGACAGUGAGGGAGAAGAGAGAAAGAAACAAGAAAAAUUGAAAAAGGCAUUAAAUGCAGAAGAAGCUCGUCUCCUUCAUGUGAAAGAAAUCAUGCAAUUAGAUGAGAGAAAGAGACCAUACAACAGCAUGUAUGAAAGCCGGGAACCAACAGAGGAGGAAAUGGAGGCUUACCAAAUGAAGCGCCAGAGACCUGAUGAUCCUAUGGCUUCAUUCCUGGGACAGUAGUUUUGAGGAAAGAACUUGAAAGUAAUGUUACAUUUAAUGACCAACUGGACAGACCUCUGCUGAUUUUCUCAGAAUUUUUCUGAGAGAAAAGAUUCAUGGUUGGGCCAGGAAAAAACCUUUAGAGUGUACAGUGUUGUUGUAUAUAUCUGAACCUUUUGACAUCCAGUCAAAAUAAGUGUGGCAUACCUCCUGUUCAAAACCAUUGUGCUAAGGAUUUUCAGAAGAUAUUCCCCAUCGAAGUUGUCCAAGGAGAACAAAGGAGGUCUGCAGCUUCUGCUCAACAUUUGUCUGGUAACCCAUUCAGGGAUAGAGAUUAUAUUGAACUAAUGUAAAACCUGUAAAACUGCAGAAUUGUGGAAACAUGGUUUUUAAUUAAAAACUAUUCUAGCCA